AUGGCAACUCUGAUCGCUGUCGGAGCGUGCUAUCUUGAUACAAUUCUUACCGUCGAAUACUAUCCUGCUGAAGACGAGAAGCUUCGUGCUUCUCAACUUGAGAAGCGUCGAGGUGGCAACGUGCCUAAUACCCUGGAAGUUCUGCAACAAGUGUUGCGAUGGAAAAGCAUUUCCGCGCCUCUAAUCUUACUAGCUGUUUUGCCAAACCGUUCAUCUCCAGCAACCGAAGAGAUUCGGGCAUCGCUGGGACCUCAUGUCGACUUCGCACACUGCUUCUAUCGGAAAACUUCUUCGGUAGCGCCUUCGAGUUACAUCUUCAAGAGUCUCGCAACGGACAGCCGAACGCUGGUGAAUUACAGCGAUCUAGAGGAAAUGAACACGUCUGAGUUUGAGCAAGCGAUCUCCAAGUUUGCGAACCAGCCUGAUUCGAUCUACCAUUUUGAAGGACGUAUACCAGAUGUCACUGCAGAGUGUAUUGAUUGCAUUCGGAUUCGUGAUCCCAAAGCUACCAUCAGCGUUGAAGUAGAGAAACCUAACCGUGAAGGUCUUCAGAGACUGGCACAAAAGGCAGAUGUGGUCUUCUACUCCAAAAGCUGGGCACAGGCUCAAGGAUAUCAAAGCGCUACCGACUGCCUGCAACGACAAACGAUAUUGACUCCAAAAGCGUCGUUUCUUUUUUGUACCUGGGGAGUUGGAGGCGCUGCAGCUCUCCGAGCAAGCGACAAAAGCAUCGUACAAGUGCCGGCGUACCUGCCUCAUAGCGGACACGUGGUAGAUACAAUCGGUGCAGGCGAUACUUUUAUCGCAGGAGUAUUGUUUGGAUUGUUCUAUACUCAGAAUCAAAAUAUGGUCAAAACUUUGAGUUUUGCAAACGAGCUUGCUGGCCGGAAAGUUGCACAGCACGGUUUCUCUGGAUUGGCCGAAAAGAUGGGCCAAUUCUAG